AAAAUAGUACAAAAUGCAAAAUGACAUUUCAAAACAAAAAGUAGCCAUAAAGUAGCUGCUGUGUGGAGAUUAGUUUACAUUUUAAAUGAUAACUGAUCAUGACAAAUAUGUAAUAAAUGGAGAAGUAUGAAACUGUAAAGAAGCUAGGGAUAGGUGGAUGUGGAGCUGUUUAUCUGGUGAAGGGUGUUGAUACCAAGAAAUUAUGUGCAUUGAAGAAAAUAGAAGUAGAUGACAGAAGAAAAUCAAGGACGAAAGAAGCAAUUCAGAAAGAGGCUAACAUUUUAUCACAAUUGAAGCAUCCCCACAUCGUAUCUUUCCACGAAUCAUUUUAUGACCAAGAAUAUGUAUAUAUUGUUCAGGAUUACUGUGAUGGAGGAAGUCUGGAUGAAAAAAUACAAGAAGCAAAAGAGAAAAAUAUUCACUUUGAAGAAAAAGAAAUCAUGUGUUGGUUUGUACAGAUGACCAUGGCUGUACAAUAUAUACAUUUAAAAAAAGUUCUCCACAGAGAUCUGAAGACAGAAAAUAUAUUUUUGACCAAAAGCAAUGUAGCCAAAAUAGGUGACUUUGGUAUAUCUAAGGUGCUAGAAAGUACAAUCGACUUGGCCAAGACAGUAGUUGGUACUCCGUCCUAUCUUAGUCCAGAAGUUUGUCAAGAACAUCCAUAUAGUUCUAAGUCAGAUAUCUGGGCAUUAGGUUGUGUUUUAUAUGAGUUAUGUGCCCUGGAGCCUCCAUUUGAUGCCCAGAACUUAAUCAGCUUAUUUUUCAAGAUAAUCAAAGGAGAGUUUAUUAGAAUACCAUCCAGAUACUCUGAUCCCUUGAAUGAUUUAGUACAAGCAAUGCUAAAAAGGGAUCCAGAGGAAAGACCAAGUGCAAGUCAGAUUCUUAGUUUACCAUUUGUAAAGAAGCAUUUAGCAGAUUUCAUAGAAGAAAAGCAAUCAUUACUACAGCAAAAAUCCAGAGACUCCUCAAAUGGAUCCCUGAUGAACCAAUCAAAUAACAGUAUUAAACCAAAAGGAACUCCUAGAAGUGGUAAUACCAGUAUGAACCAUCAAUUCCUUAAAGUCAGCCCUGCCAUUAAACGAAAAAAUAGUCCGUCCAGAUCUCCUCAGCAAAAAGAUAGUGGGCUUAGUGUGGACAAAUCUGAUGAAGAUCUCCAUGACAACAAGCCUGAAGCAGACAACAUGUCAGACUAUUCUGAUGAUUUUGAUGAAGUGUCUGAUGAAGAAGAGAACAAAAGUAAAGGUUCUGAUCAGGAGGUCGAGUACGACGAUGAUUUUGAGGAGUAUGAUUCAAGUGAGGAACUAGAUGAGUUAGUAAACCAAGCUAAAGAAGUACAGGAGAUCGAGGUUGAGGAGGACUUCUUUGCUGACAGUCAGAAUCUAGAAUCUAUCAAGAAACAGACUGUGAUAUUCAGGAGAACCUGUAUGGAUGCCAUUAGUACAAGUGCAAUCAGUACAAGAUGUAAACGAAUCCAAGACGUCAACAGGAUGAUCUCAGAUGGGACACUUACAGAAGAUGAUCUCAAGCAACAAGUAAGACAUUCCAUUAGUGGAGAUGCUGCUGAACUGUGCCACCUUAGUCUUGAUGACCUCUGAAAGACCAUGAUGCAUUCCGUUUACCAUAUUCAUCAUAUGUAUAUUUAUUAAUAACCUUGAUCUUGAAGACUGUUGUUAGACCAUGAUGCAUUCCAUUUAUACAAUAAUGUAUGGUUUUGAGCUUAGUCUAAAUGAAUUUUAUAAGACCAUGCAGAAAUUUAGAAAAUGAAAUUAUUCUAUGAAUAAUCUUCCAUUUUUCUAUGACAUUUAAUUUUUGUUUAUAUUCAAUAAUCAUUUUAUAUUCUUUAUGUCUGUUAAUCUACUACAUGCAUACAGUUAAUGUUUUCUUCAUUGUCUUGUUACUUUUAGGAGAAUAUAAUACUUUGUAAAGAUAACCAGUUAUAGAUGAUUUGCAUCACAAAAUUUCAUUGAAAAACUCGGUGAUUAAAGCCAUAUCAAUUUCAUAAAAAUUAAGUUCAAAUUAGGGUUAUAUCUGAUAUGUUAUUUGUUUAUCCCCCUUCCAAUGAACAUUUUAUAAGCAUACAAGUGAAAAUUAACAAAAAAGCUUCUUAAUUAUAAUAUUAUUGUAAAUAUCUCUUCAUUAAGAUUAAAAUAGAAAUUUGCAUUCAAGGAAAUCAAUGAAGUGAUUAAAAUAAUGUUAAGGGUGUGUUAGAUUUGUGUGCAUUAAGGGAUUUCUAAAACUUGUCAUAAUUAUAUAAUAAUUUAACUGUAAUAAUCUAAAAAUUAAAUAAAUGUAGCAAAAGUUACAAAAAGAAUAGAAUACUACUGUGUUGAAGAAAUUUUUUGUCCAUUUUUUUUUUGGGGGGGGGGGGAGGGGGAUUAUUCAAACAAUCAGACAAAAAUGUGAGAUCUUUUAUUGUGAUUUCAGGAAAUGCUGCAUACAAAUCAGGCUAUCAAAUUUUAAGUGUUAGUUGAUUUUUGCAGUAGAUUAUUGCCAUUUUGUCAUUGGUGCAUAGUCGUCUCAUUGGUAAUCGUAUCCUAUCUCCUUAUUUUUAUAUUGAGUUACCAGUAGACUGUAAA